GCGACAGUUUUUUCAUCCCCAAUAACUAAGAGUAUUAUUUUUCAGAGAUGCAUGGAAAAAUCUCUGCACAAGAAACAAAACAAUGAUUUGGAAUCGGUUCAAAUCGACUACGAAAAAUAUGGAAUACAGAAGAAGAUAUGCAAAUAGCUACAAAGCCCAUUUCCUCCUCCCCUGCUGCGGAGAUAGCUACAAAUACGAACUCCGGCACAUCCGUAUUGCCAGGAAGAGAACCGUUGACCCUCUUGUCUGCCGGAGAGAUAGCUCCAUAUGUGACGUAAACCUCCGGCACAGCCGUAUUGCCUGCUGCUGAACCGUCGACUGCGCCCACCGUCCAGGACUUCUUGGGGAGGCUCGAUGCUCAUGUGUAGCAAAACACAAUGAUAUUGUUUGCUCGUGUGGAGCAAACUGUGACAAUGUUGUUGGCUUGUACGGAGCAAGCCACAAAUGGACAAGGACGAAGACGACGAACUAAGAGAGGAAAUAGAAAGCGUCGAGGGGGAACAAGAAGAGAUGUGUCUGGAUAUCCAGAAGGUGUGGCAGAUGGUAGAAUCGGUCCAAAAGUGGAUCUACAUUUCCCUAGCUGCCGUGUUUCCAUGGAAGGUCGUCCACAAGACCUGGAAGCACAGCACACCGGCCCACAUACCUGUCGAGGUCCUAGACUUCACCUAGACGCAGCUCGGGCCAACACAAGGAUGUGCCACAUCACUACAGACGGUCAGCUCGUCAACUCGCCGCCCGACACACGGAGGUACCUGGGGACCUGUAGCUCCCCCAUCCCCUUCCUCCAUUCUCGUCCACCUUAACACCCCUACCCACCAUCCCCAGAUACUGGGAGACAAAAACCAGGGUGAGGGUGGUGGGUGAUAAGCUGGCAUGGUUACUCCUGGAGAUGGGACUGUGUGAGGCAGGGCAGGUGGACAGUGAGAUGUAUGUUUCUCUACAGCGCCGCUACUGGUGUAUCAGUGUAGGGAGCUGUGGCAGACACGAGGAGAGGAUCUGUACCACGGUGUGGAGUGAGAGGAAGCAGGGCGAGUGUCACCAGAACACCACGUUCAACACUCCCGACACACAGGCCACCCUCCACUAUGGCGUUGUACUGGAUGUGGGGAGAGGAAGAGUAGCAUUCAUUGACCUGGACAGACAGGUUGUUCUAGACAAGUAUAAUGUUCAGUUCAGUGAACCACUCGUCCCCAUGUUUUGUGCUGGGUCGUGGUAUUCUGGCCACACUGUGUCGAUGAGUCUGAUCAGCGGAGAGGACAUCCACAUGGUUGACACAAAGAAGGCUCUCAUCUACCAAGCGCUGAAAUAGGAAAUUAACUGGCCAUGAAACUGUGAAAUCGGCCAUGAGACUGUGUGAAAUCAGCCAUGAGGCUGUGUGAAGUUUUCAGUGUAACGGAGAUACUUCUAUUAACUGCUUCAAGGAAAGUGAGUGAAGCGGACAUAGAAGGGUUCGGUUUGUGUUCUGUUUGUUGUGUACAAAAUACAACCAUGUUCUUCGGAGGUCUGCUUUCACUACUUUCCUGGGUUCUCCUGAGAGAGGGAAACAUUCUAAAUACUCACAUGAAUAUCAGUAUGAUGAAAUUAUUGCUGUAGACGAUGUAAUUGUCCGACAGUAAAUGAUUCUAAUGACGUGUGAUGUAAGUCAAGGGACACAGAAGUAAACACACAAAAUAUAAAGAUUGUUUCAAAACCAGAUUUCCUCAGUAAAAGAUUCUGAGGAAAUGAACUGGAUUCUAAAAUGUAAAUAAUCAUUCAAGUAGGAUUUCCCCUUCAUAUACAAUGCGGUGCCGGAUAUUACAGCUAACACCAUAUCCCGCCUAAUUCCAGCACCCACCACCCCCAGAUACUGGGAGACAGAAACCAGGGUGAGGGUGGUGGACUGUUACUGCCGGCCCUGGAGAUGUAAGAUGAGACUGUCUGAGGCAGGACAGGUGGGCAUUGGGAUGCAUGUUUCUCUACAUCGCCGCUCCUGGUGUGUCAGUGUAAGGAGAUGUGACAGACACGGGGAGCGUCACCAGAACACCAUGUCCGACUCUCCCGGCACACCGGCCACCCUCCACUAUGGCGUUGUACAGCUGUUUUAGUCAAGUAUACUGAGCGAUUCAAUGUCAAUGGUUUAAUGAACUACUCGUCCCCA